AUGGCUGAUAAUAUGAAUAACACUGCUGCUGUCGGACAAGCCUCGCACAUCGCGACCGUUAUUCACUGCACCAUACUUUCAACAUUACUCGUCUUGAUAAUUGCUGGUAAUGGUUUGAUGAUCUACGCCAUUCUAUCGACCUCUAGACUACGAAUUACAACGAACUAUUUCAUAGUUAGCUUGGCCAUCAGCGACAUGCUUGUCGGACUGGUUGUAAUUCCGAUUAACUUUGCUUUCCCGACAGCUUUAUUGAAAGGCUACACCACUUGUUUACAGGUGGCUUGUUUCACAGUCGUCGUGUGCACAAGCUCUAUAACCAACAUUGUCGCUGUCACGAUUGAUCGCUACCUGGCUAUCACCUCGCCAUUGAAAUAUCACGCAAUAAUGACAUCCAGGCGUGCAAUUGUGACUAUAUCAUUAGUAUGGGUGUAUGCUUUCACCAUUGGUUUCCUCCCAGUCAUGGGAUGGCGAGAGAAGGCCAGUACCUGUCAGCGAGGUGAAGUUUACGCACCGGGCUAUGCUGUCUUUCUCUUCAUAACCGGACUCGUAUUCCCGGUCGCAAUUUCCACAGUGCUUUACUGCCGAAUACUGAAGGAAGCAAAUCGACAGACGAUGCGAAUACAACAGAUUGAAUGUAGGGUUUCCCAGGUGAUCACGGCAAAUGAACAUAACCAUAACAGGCAAGAAAUAUGCCCAUGUGAAGUUCAAGAAAAUGGCAGUAACCAUGAUAAACACAAUCCCCACAGCGAACAUUGCAAUUUUAACAGGAAGGCAUUUCGUACAGUGAUGUAUAUCUUAAUGUAUUUUGAGUUGUCCUGGAUACCCUUGUUUGUCACUUUAUUAAUCGAUGCUUUCGUUUCCCCUCUCGUAAUUCACCUAGAGGUACGGACUUUCACCAGUUUACUGGCGCUUGGCAACUCCGUAAUGGAUCCAAUAAUCUACGGUUAUUUCAACCGAGAUCUGAGGAAUCGAUUGAAAGAGAUUGUAUCAAAAAUGUGUCGGUGUUUUCACCGCGCAGACUUAAUGCAAACUUAA